GAAGACGGUUCGGCAACUAAACCUUAGCAUUCCGAGCGCUCCUCCCCCUCUCUCGGUUUGACUUGAUCCAGACUGAUCAGUCAACUUUGCAUGCGCCGUCGCAGGAAAUAGCCAGGCUGAGGGUCACCACUUUUUGUAAAUGUUCGCAAGAGCGCUCUCGGCGCGAGCUGGCUUAACAGCAUCAGCGUGUUGCCGGCCCUGCAGAGCCACCGUCAUGUCUCCUCUCAGAGCAAAGAUCAUGGACCAACAGCCGGGCCCAAGAUCACUUUCCUCGUUAUCCUCGUCCGCACCGAUUUGGCAACCGCAGCCAGGCGACGAGCCCGAAGAUGUCGUCUUCAACAGCAUAUACGGCCUCCGGACGAUCGAGCUGAACCGGCCGAAGAAACUCAACUCCCUCAACGGAUCCAUGAUUCGCAAAAUAGGACCUCGGCUCAUAGAAUGGCAAAAAUCAGACAUGGCCAAUGUUGUCGUCAUGAAGGGCGCAGGCAACGCCUUGUGCGCUGGAGGGGACGUGGCGGCUCUGGCACGAGCAAACAUGACGGGAGAAGAGGGCCAGAGGUCAUCGGAUGAAUAUUUUGCGCUCGAAUACAAGCUGGACCACCUCAUAGCGACCUACAAGAAGCCAUACAUUUCUUUCAUGGACGGUGUCACCAUGGGUGGUGGCGUUGGCCUGAGCAUUCACGCGCCGUUCAGGAUAGCGACGGAGCGCACCGUCUUCGCGAUGCCUGAGACCACGAUCGGCUUCUUCCCCGAUGUCGGCGCCUCAUUCUUCCUGCCACGGAUGCCUGGUGCAGUGGGCACCUACCUCGCGCUGACGAGCGAGCAGCUCAGGGGCGCGAAUGCGUUCUACGCGGGUGUCGCCACGCACUACAUGCACUCGACGACGCUUCCGAUGCUCGAGCAGCGGCUCGCGGAGCUCAGGUUUAGGGAUUUCGACAGCCUGGAGAAGCGGCUCUCGCUCAUCAAUGAAGCCAUCGACGAGUAUUCUACCGGAUUGCCACAUGACCAACCCAUAUUGCUGGGGGGUGAGCUGCGCAAGGCUAUCGACCGUUGCUUCUCGAAGCCCACGGUCAGCGAGAUCAUGAGCGCCUUGGAGGAGCAGCCAGAGGGACCGCUGAAGGACUGGGCGAACAAGACCAUCGCGACGUUGCUGGCGAGGUCACCGACAUCCAUCCAUGUGACACUGAAGCAGAUGCAGCAGGGCCGGGCGUGGAGCAUCGCCGACACGUUCAAGCGGGAGCACCAGAUCGCCGCCAAGUUCAUGCGGCACAACGACUUCACCGAGGGCGUAAGGGCACUGCUCCUCGACAAGACCAAGGAUCCCAAGUGGAAGCCUGCAAGCCUGGGUGACAUCCAGGACGAGGACAGCAUCGCGCAGCCGUUCUUCCAGAUCUCGCGCGACGUGGCGCCGCUGCAGCUGCUGACAGAUGACGACUACGCCGAAUACCCAUGGCGGAAAUUCGGCAUCGUAUCCGAGGACGACGUGAGGCGCUUCGCCAAGUCCAAGCACUACACACAGAAACAGAUCGUGAACGCCUUCUCUGCGCGGAUGAUUGGCAAGCAGGGCGUGCGUGAGAUUGUGAGCGAGAUUGUUGCGAGGAAAACAAAGGUGAUGCCGGGCAACAUUGCACAAUGGGUAGACAAAGAGGAGCUAGAGGAGGCUCCGGCGGCUGUUGUUGAGGAGAAGGCCGAUGUUGAGGAGAAGAACGAUAUUGAGGAGAAGACCGAUCCUCAGCUAUAGUGUGGAAGAGAGACUGGGCCUCGAUAGAUAGCAUGCAUGAGUGGUAAAUAUUUGGCGGGGGUGCAUGUUGUGUAAGACUCCAAAAAUAAAUACAAGUGCUGUGUUUGUGUA